GUUUGGCAUUAGGGUUUAUGUGGCGAGAUGGAAGACGAUGCUGUCCCCGGCCCCGCCAAGCAUGCUCCUGUCGAUCGCGAUUCCAAGGAUUCCAAGAAAUCCAUUCCGAUUCCGCCCGGGGGUCUCAUGAAAGCUGUCGUGAGGCCUGGAGCUGGAGAUAAUCCGCAAUCAGGAAACCAGGUGAUCUUUCACUGUACUACUCGGACGAGCGAGGGCGUGAUUGUGGAAUCCACUCGGCCGGAGCUUGGCGGAAGCGGUGAGCCAAUUAAGCUGGUGCUUGGAAAGAGCAAGAUGAUUCGAGGCUGGGAAGAAGGACUACUAACUGUCCCCAAAGGUGAAAUUGCAAUGCUUAAAAUCUUACCUGAGUUUCACUAUGGAGAUCCCGACUGUCCGGUUAGUGCGCGAGAAGACUUUCCGAAACACGAGAUUCUAAUUUUUGAGAUCGAAAUGCUUGAGAUCCGACCUGUGAAGGUCAUCACAGAUGACUUUGGGGUACUCAAGCAGGUUCUCCGUGAGGGCGAGGGAUUCGAGACUGCACGGGAGCCAUACGAGAUAAAAGUUUGGAUAACCGGAAGUGUAAAUGGAGAAGUGUUUUUCUCUCACACAAAGGGCAAUCCAUUCGAAUUUUGCUUUGGCAAGAAAGAGGUUCCAGUUGGCCUUGAGAAAGGCAUAGGAACAAUGACAAAAGGGGAGAAGGCUAUUGUAUAUGUUACCACACAGUAUCUUACUCCAUCGUCCGCUAUUCCUGAUCUACCUGUUACUUCCGGUGAAGUGGCAUUUGAAGUAGAAGUAGUUCAAAUAAUACAGGUGCGAGACAUGUUUGGCGAUGGCCGCGUAGUGAAGCGGCGCAUCCGUGAUGGAGUAGGAGAAUUUCCCAUGGACUGCCCACUUCAAGACAGUACAUUGCGCAUACAUUACAAGGGAAUGCUACCAAACGAAGGUGGCAAGGUGUUUGUUGAUACCCGAAAUGACAACGAAGGCGGAGAGCCAUUGGUUUUUGCUACAGGAGAAGGACUGGUUCCGGAAGGUUUGGAAAUUUGCAUUAAACUUAUGCUACCCGGGGAGCUUGCUCUUAUAACUUGUUCUCCUGAAUACGCUUAUGACAAGUUUCCAAGGCCAAAACUUGUUCCAGAGAAUGCCCAAGUACAAUGGGAGGUGGAGCUUUUAAGCUUUGACGCUGUGAAGGAUUGGACUGGGUACAAUUUCAAGGAGAUAAUGGAUGAUGCCACUAAAAUGAGAACUACCGGCAAUCGGUUAUUCAAAGAAGGGAAGUUUGAAUUGGCGAAAGCUAAAUACGAAAAGAUCUUACGAGAGUUUAAACACGUGAAUCCUCAAGAUGACAAUGAGGGUGUAGAGUUUGCACAAGCUCGUACUCUAAUACAACUGAACGUCGCAGCUUGUGAACAGAAACAAGGAAACUUCAGGAAGUGUAUUGAAUUAUGCAACCAGGUUCUAGAAGUAAAUCCUUGUCACUCGAAAGCACUGUACCGCCGAGGGAAUGCUUUUAUGGGAAUGGGGGAUUUUGACGACGCUCGGAAGGAUUUCGAAAAGAUGGCCAGUACAGACAAGUCGUCGGAAGCGGACGCAAAAGCUGCUCUAUCUACACUGAAAAGGAAAGAGCAGGAAGCAAAUGCUAGAGUUCGGAAGCAGUUUCAAGGGCUCUUUGACAAGAAGCCAGGUGAACUAUCUAAAGAGACGCUCGAGCCAAGAGAGGUAGCCGAGAACAGUGCGCGAUCCGAAGAGCAGCAGCCUGAGGAAAUUGUUAAUCCACCUUCCUCUUUGAGGCAACGAAUGAAAACUAUUUGGAACGCUGGGAGGAGUUUAUGGAGAGGCCAAAAAUGCGUCAUUUUGUGAGCGGUGGAAUCACGGGCUUGUAGGAAUAUAAUACAUACAAGAAAGGCUGGGCCGAGUCAACAUCUGAAGUUAGCGGGGUCUACUUGUCAGAACUCGGCGCGGUCUGAUUUGUGACGAAUUUGUCCAACGAACACAUGGCAUGGUAUGGCUGAGAGUUACCUUAAAGAAACGUACGUCUUUUAGCGA